AUGUUAAUCCCAACUCCAGUAGGCAAAUCCUAUUCCUGCAGCGAAGUAGAAGUCUCCUUGGACACCGACGAAGAGGACAAUCCUCCUCCAGGAAUCCACGGAAUACUUUUCCUCAGGCUCCUCCAGGUCCAACCGUUCAUGUACAAAAGCGAAGAUUUUGAGAACGCAUUCGAAUGCAAGCCCCAAAGAUCAUUCAGAGACGAAACUGCCCCCAUAGCCGUGGGAUCCACUCUGGCCAUUGCGGUUUUGGUCACUAUUUCCGGAUAUGGGGCAUAUAGGUAUUUCAAAGUUAAGAACGUGCAAUACAACACUAUGGAAUAA